GCGCGCGCGCGCUCGAUGAUUGCGCGCGAUUGGACGCGCGCCCUGAGCUGAAAAUUGGACCACCGGUGGUCUACGCUGAGGAGCUGAGGUGGUCCAAAUUUCAGACCAAACGGUCCAGCAGAUCACGAGAUAUCGAAGUUCUAGGGCGCGCCAUGAAAUUCGAGUGUGUCGGGCGAUGAGGACGACGGGGGGAUGGAAUGGCAUCUAACAACCUCAACACCUGCUGUUUCCUGACUUUUGAAAGCAGGUCUACUGCCAUCUCUCUACUUUGCGCUUCAAACGAGUGAUGCUACAGGAUAGCAUGCCGGAUGAAGGAGGGUAUUGCUUAGGCAUUACUCUAGGAGUAAUCACUAGUGCUCUUCAUCUUGCGACUUUUGGUGGAGGAGGUCGGCUCGGCGCGAGAAGAAGAAGAGUACAGUGUGUCCCGUGAAGUGGGAGGAGAAUUGUCAAGGGAUAGUGAGUGGGAGGGCUUCGAGGAGAGAAUCCAAGUUCCUUCAAGUGCUCAUUACAAGGGGGAGGCUUCUACUCGAUAGAUCGUCAUUCUUUCUGCUUCAUCUACAUGCAUAUCAUCAUCGUAUCAUCAGCUUCAGCAGCAGCAGUAUUGUCAUCAUUAUCAUUAUCAUCAUGAUCAUCAUCAUCAGUAACGAGAUUAGUCAUCAUCGUCGCCAUCAUCAACAUCAUCAUCAUCACCAUCAUCUUCAUGUUCAGCAUCGAGGUGGAAAGAACGUGGCAGCGGGAGUGCUGGGCAACAGAAGGACAGAGAGGAGCAGCAGCAGCAGCAUCAGCAUUAUCAGCAGCAGUAGCAGCAUUUCUGACAUCACCAUCAUCAUUAUGUCUAUCCUUAUUGGCGAGUCAUCAUCAUCUUCAUUAUCAGCUUCAUCUUCAUCAUCAGCUUCAUCAUCAUCAUCAUCAUCAGUAUCAUCAUCAUCAACAUCAUCAUCAUCAUUAUUUUCAUCAUCAUCGUCAGCAUAACUGACAUAUCAUCAUCAUUAUCAUCAUCAAUAUGAGCAUCUUUAUUGGUGCGUCNUCAUCAUUAUUUUCAUCAUCAUCGUCAGCAUAACUGACAUAUCAUCAUCAUUAUCAUCAUCAAUAUGAGCAUCUUUAUUGGUGCGUCAUCAUCAUCUUCAUCUUCAUCAUCAUCAUCAUCAGCAGCAGCAGCAGCAGCAGCAGCAUCAACAGUAGCAGCAGCAGCAUUAUUGAUAUCAUCAUAAUCAUCAUCAUGAGUAUCAUCAUUGGUUAAUCUUCAUCAUCAUCAUCAUCAUCUUUAUCAUCAGCAUCAUCAUCAGCAUCAUCAUCAUCUUUAUCGAUAACUUUUUGUUAUCAGUAGAGUUUGCUCUUCAAGGCUUCGUGUCGCUUUUCGUAUCAUCAUCAGCAUUCCCGUUAUCAUUAUCUUCAGGGCGAUAUCCUUCGCCUCCAACAAAAUCAAAGAGGAAUGUCAAUUUGGUAAGGGGGUAGGGGAGAGCCUUGCCCCGCAGGGGUUUCAUUACGAGGGAGGUGGAAUCCUGAAGGGGGUAUGGGCAGAUUGUGAGGAAUACUCUUUUCUGGGGCUGGGCAUCAAAUCCCAGCGGGGGCAGAUUAGAGUAAAGGGAGAGAUAGGGUAAUGGAGAGAAUGGAGGUGUGCUGAAAUUCUGGGCUAUCAUCAUCUGAUUAUUGUUAUAUUAAGCUUUUUGGUGUUCUGAAAUUCUGGCUGCAUCUCGUAUUCUUCCACAUCCAGGAUAUAGGUAUUCAGAGAUGGUUGAACCUGGACUGAUAUCUUUUGAGUUGCCCUGUUCUGUGCCCUUGGUUUGCCAAUGCCAGAACGACGCUGGCCGGAGCUGGGGCGUUGCCCUGUAACCUGUAAAUAGCAGAAGUGUGAGGCCUUGUAGAGAGAUCUGGGGUUUGCUGAGGGUGGAAGGCAUUCCAGUGGUAAACCGAGGGCGGCUGAAAGGAGGCGAGAAGAGAUCAGCUAUGGUUGAUGUUGGUCAGGUUGUUUCUGUCUCUGUAGUAUAGUGUCCUGGUACAGGGAGGGUUAGGAGUUGUACUGGGAUUAGGAGCCCAGAAUAGCUGAUAUAGCAUCAUCAUCAUCAUCAACAUCAUCAUCAUCAUCAUCAUCAUCAUCGUUAUCAUCUUCAUCAUCAUCACACCAUUAGUUUCAUCAUCUGAUUAUUGUUAUACUAAGCUUUUUGGUGUUCUGAAGUUUUGGCAGCAUCUAGCAUUCUUCCACAUUCGGGAUAUAGGACUUCAGAGAUGGUUGAACCCGGACUGAUUUCAACUGAGUUGUUCUGUUCUGUGCCCUUGGUUUGCCGAUGCCAGAACGACGCUGGUCGGAGCUGGGGCGUUGCCCUGUAACCUGUUAAUAGCAGGAGCGCGAGGCCUUGUAGAGAGAUCUGGGGUUUGCUGAGGGUGGAAGGCAGUCUAGUGGUGAACGGGGGGGGGGCUGCAAUGAAGCGAGAAGAGAUCAGCUAUGGUUGACAAUUAGUUAGGUGGUUUUGUCGUUGAGGUACAGUGUCCUGGUAUAGGGAGGGCUGGGAGUUGUUCUAGGAUUAGGAGGCCAAAAUAGCUGAUAUAGCAUAUUUUUCUUUAAUUUUUCAUAUUUUUGAAUCAUCAUUCUAAUUAGCAUCAUUAAUCAGUGUCAUUAGUAUCAUCAUGGUCAUCAUUAGCGGUUUCCAUAUGUUCAUUCCGGGCAGACUGUGAGGACCCCGGCCUCAAUCUUAUUAUUGGUAAUAUCAGCCUUGGUCUUGGAAGUAGGGGUGCACCAGGGACAAUAUUGAGAGUAAAAAGGUGGGAGGGGGUCUCAUAGGGGGCCUACAUACAUCAUCUGGAUAAACAAAUGGCCAACUACUGA